UGUUGCAGUGGCCGUGCAGUGCAGGUCUUGGUGGAGUUUCAAACCAGCGGCGCCCUGCGGUGGCUGGAGACCACGGGACUGGCUGAGGCCGCCGGUCAGGGGCAGGAGUUUGGAUCAUCUCAGGUGGUCAACAUUACACUGGGAGGUGUCCAGGGCCCCGUCUGUGAUUGGUUGCUCCAGUGUCCCUCAGGUUACAAAUGUUUGGCCCAGACUGAAGCGGCCAACUACACCUGCUCCUCCGUCUGUCGCUUCGACUACUGUCACCAUCAUGGCCUCUGCACGCACCAUCCAGGAGGACGUCCCGUCUGCCGCUGCCUCGUGGGGGAGGACUUCUGGUACAUAGGACUGAGGUGUGACAUGAGGAUGACUCGUACGCGGCUGGUGGGGGCGUGUCUCGCCAUCUUAGUCGUCAUAGUGACAGUGAUUGGCGUUUUGGCCUUUGUGGCUGUGCGGCGAUACCGAGCUGUUCUGAUCCAGGCUAAAGUUGAUCAAACUCGCAGCAGUUAUCGCAGGUUCAACCACUUCGAUGAACUGUCAGGGCGGUUCUGGUUGCGUUCCGUGGCAGGAUCAGCAGACUCCGUGGACAAUCCCGUCUUCACGCGCUCCGAUGAGUUACUGCACCUGCGGGCACUGGACCGACCCUGCUGUUACCAUGACGACACGCUGUCGCUGGCCUCCACCUGCCCCAGCCACGGGACACGCAUCAACACAGUUUACCCCCACGGCUCCCAGUAUGGAUGGAGGGGCAGUGAGCUGAGUGUGGGGGAGGGGGUCCUGGACUCUGGGAAGGCCAGUGACCUUUCUGUCUGUAGUUGGCCCGUGGAGCCCAUUCACUGGACCCCGUUCCCAAUCCUGCAGCAGCUCUCCUCCCACGGAGCAGCCACAGUGAGAGUUUCCAGGCCGCGGUCGUACUGUGAAGGCAUGGAGCUGGUAGAGAUCGGAAAGAGCUGGACCGCCUGGACCGAGCUCAGGUCAUCUGGGAAUUCUGGGAAUUCACUGUCACAGUUGUUGUUCAAUCACUGUUUCUGACUUCAUUCAAAUAAACAUUCAGGCUUGAC